AUGUCCGACGAAAAUGGUCCUUCGAAGGUCGAUUUGCAGACUGCUAUGCGGAAAAUGAGAGCGCUUCCAGCAAAUAAGCUUUGCUUCGAUUGUGGUGCUCGGAAUCCUACUUGGUGUACGGUCACAUACGGUGUUUUUCUUUGCAUUGACUGUUCUGCAGUUCAUCGUAACCUUGGUGUUCAUCUAACAUUUGUCCGUUCAACAAACUUGGAUACUAACUGGACGUGGCUUCAGUUGCGUGCUAUGCAGCUUGGAGGAAAUGGCAAUGCCACCCAAUUCUUCAAAGCGCACGGCUGCAAUACAACUGAAGCCCAGCAAAAAUAUAAGAGCAGAGCUGCUCAAAUGUAUCGGGACAAGCUCUCAAAUUUGUGCCAAGAAGCUCAACGAAAGUUUGGAACUCAACUGAUCAUUGAUACUGUUUCGCAUACUGAGGAAAAACCAACCGACGAAGAAGAUUUCUUUUCUCAAGAUUUCGGUCAUUCUUCUGCUUCUGCGACAUCAUUAUCUUCUGAUGCAUACAUUGUUGAUCAUAAAAACGACGAUGCGAGCCAUGGUCCGAGCGUUGAUCAUCUGGAUCAUUCCGUGGCCGUUCCAACAGCCGCUCCGGUUUCCGUUAUUCUCAAAAAACCAAUAAAGAAGGCAACUCUCGGGGCGAAAAAGAAUACUCUCGGAGCUCAGAAAGUGCGAAUUAAUUUCGAUGAAAUUGAGCAAAGAGCUGCUGAAAAAGAAAAGCAACAGGAAGCUGAAAUUGCUGCAAACAAACUUGCUUAUCAAGUUGAGCUCGAUAAUAAGCAAAAGGCCGAUGAUGCUGCUGCUUUACAAAAACUUAGUGCCAAGUUCGCUAUGCAAGAUAUUGAUGCUCACCGAAAGCAAAUGGAGGCCAAGGUCGCAAAGGACCCAACAAAAGCUGCUUCUGUUGACCGACUUGGUAUGGGAGGAGUCGGUCGUGCUCGUGCAGCACAUUCAGUUGCUGGUGGUAUUCGUUCCAUCAAACAAGACGAUGUACUCACUUUCAAGAAAUCACAACCGAAAGAAGAUGAUGAUUGGGAAGUAAUUGAUGAUAAGUAUGGAAAGAAGAGCACUAACAAUGAAGAUGACUUCUUCACAAAAGAUUACACGACUGGAGGAAGCAGUAAGAAUAACAAGGAGGAUGAUUUCUUCGAUUCGUUUGAGACACAACCAGUCCAAAAAUCACGUUAUACCGCUUCUUCAUCUUCAUCGUCUACGUCUCGUGCUCCAACGACUCGUCUGACUGCUGGUUCCGCUCCAAUUUCGGAUGUUGACCUCCAAAAAAAAUUCGGAAAUGCUAAGGCUAUCUCUAGUGAUAUGUAUUUUGGAACACCUGAAAUGGAUUUCGAAACAAAGAGUGCGUUGUCUAAAUGCGAAGGACAAACUUCAUUCGGGUCGGAGGAUCUGUGGGGCAAUGGAAGUCAAAACAGGCAGAGUACUCAAGUUCCCGAUAUGUCUGACUUGAAAGACUCGUUCCGUGCUGGUGCUUCAAAAGUUGCUGAGAAAUGGUCCACACUUUCAACUUCAUUUGCUUCUUACAUGUCGCGUGCUCCACCAACUACUGGGGAGAAGACAUAA